AUGCAAUUACCGGUGAUCAGUGGCGCACAGACAGAGAUACUUCAGGUAGCGGACAUACUGAAACGCAUUGAAGCGGUCAACUCGACGAGGAAAGAGGGCAGCGGACGCAAACUGCGCAGCCUGCUGAACGCGCUGAAGUCGCACAUCGUGCUGCUGGACGCGCGCCUGAAGAGGAACGAGUGCACCGAAAGCCCGUGCUUCAACGGCGGCACGUGCAUCGACCUCUACGACAAAUUCACGUGCAUAUGCCCGGCUCACUAUGAGGGUGAAACAUGUGAUAGACGAAUUGACGAGUGCACGCUGUACAAAGGAACACACGCCGGUUGCCAGAAUAACGCAACCUGCGUACAGAAGCCAAAUGGAUUCCAGUGUGUCUGCGCGAAAGGCUUCCAUGGGACGCUAUGUCAGUUGCGCACAACAGCGUGCGAAUUUUCGCUGGAUCUGUGCGGUCCAGCAGGUCACUGCAUACCUGCACAACAAGCUGAAGGAUCCACUGAGGUUGCUUAG